AUGUUUGAUGAUAUGGUGGAAGUGAUAGGAGAGGAGAAUGUAUUGCAAGUGGUGACAGACAAUGCAUCUAAUUAUGUUAAAGCAGGUAGGAAUACUUUGAAAAGUGCCAUCUUCAUGAAUGGUUAUAUCUAUAACCAUGUUGCCAUUGUCAACAUGAUGAGGAGGUUUACAAAUCAAAGAAACCUACAUAGGCCCACAAUCACUAGAUUUGCAGCAUCGUUCAUCACUCUCGCCCAGAUGCAUAAGCAAAAAAACAAUUUGCGAAAGAUGAUCACUUCUCCAGAAUGGAACAAUACCACUUGGUCAAAGGAUCCUACUGGGAAGAGACUAACAUCAAUUAUUUUGCAAGAACGCUUUUGGAGAAAUAUAGUGUAUGUUUUGAAGUUGACAUGA